UCAACCGUUCAGUGCAUAUGCAUUCCAAUGUCAUUCUGAACCGAAGACUAAAUCAGUUUCAUGUAUAGCGGAAAAAACGGUUUGCCAAAGGUCUCAUAACGAUGGCUUUUGGGAAAACAUUUCGUACGCAAUCUAGGCAAUUAGCUUUCAUCUUACUACUGCUCUUUGGAGGCUUUGUGGUUCUUCUUGGUCUAGUUGUGCUCGCGAUAGGUCUCACUAUCACACACAACGAUACCUUUCAUGAAACCACGGAUUUAAAGAAAGAAGUUGAGCCUAAGAUCGAUUAUGUUCAAUACUGGGUCGGUUUUCCGUAUAUCAUCGCUGGGUUGUCAGUCCUGUGUUCUUCUAUCAAUCUUCAAAGUAUUUCUUUGACGGCGACUAGCAUACUGCUAUCCCUGGUAUGCGUGGUGUUAUCUUUGGCAGGUUUGAUGGUGGACGGACCGGAUUUUAACGAUUGGAAAAGUUAUCGAGCUAUGCAAAGAUACUGGGAAGGCCAGGAUGGAUAUGCAUGCUUUUCUGAAGGAUACACAUGUGUGUGUAAUGGAACCGGAAAUGCACAGAAGGUAAUAACAGGAUUUACUGACUGCGAGACAUUGAUGAAAUUGACUUCUCUGUACGGUGUUUUGAUUGGCUGUUUUAUAAUUGGGUUGGUUCUGCUGCUCAUCAGCGUCUUCAUGAUUGUGUACAAUGUUACAAGCAAACGGGAGAAAGCACGGAGACGAGGCGACGAGUACUUCACGACAAUGAAUGAUGUUGUCGAGGAAACACGACAAGAACCAGUUUUUGACAAUCCCGUAACAAAUCACACGGGAUACGAAUACCAAAUGGGACCACCUGCGGUAGAGGCACCCUCAAAGCCUGCUCCUUACAGGGAGUACAAGCAGAGUACAACCGCUGACAGUACUAGCCACAUGAACAACCUCGAUGACACCAGCACUAUUGCUGAAAAUGAUGGAGUGGUUAUAAUGGAUCCUGGUCGCUUUCGACUUGGUGAUGACGACAUUUACUAAGUCUCUCUGUUAAAACUAUCAAUUUGAUUUAGAUGUUUUAUGUUUAUAAUAAUCCUGCUACGUAUCUCUCAUAGUUUCAAAUAAGGAGUAAACCUAAUCUUUACACGACUAUAACUAUAUAUUAUUGUGAGCCUGAACAUAUUUAGUUUUGAAAUACAUACCACCAACUUAUUAAAUACGUUUUUAAGACGUAAU